GACCAUAAACUUCCUUUUGGUUUGGCUUUGCUGUGUGUAUGUCUGAAACUUUGAACAUUCAACUUUCCACUUUCAGCUUUUGAACAUUGGAGGAGAAAGCUCACAUCCCUCUACACUCCUUUCCGACUCCAUUGUUGAACUUGGAGCACCUCUCUCUCACCUGAGAAGGUCUUAGCUGCUGAUUCUCACUGUCCGUCUCUCAAUGUACUGUGUUCUUCAUUAACAACCAACUGCCAAGUUCGCAGAUCACUAAAUAACCCUAAAACUACUGCACAACAGAACACAGAAGUGGCGUCCCAAUUUCUACCUUUCUCUUGUUCUUCUUUCACGCAUAACAUCAGAAUGGGCCUCCUUUGUAGCAAACAUCAACAUUCUCACAAACCUGAUGCAGAAAAUAUACAGGCGGUUGAGAUAGAAAGGAGGAUUGAGCGAGAGACUAUUGCUGAAAAGCAUAUACAAAAGCUCUUAUUACUUGGUGCUGGAGAGUCUGGAAAGUCAACAAUAUUUAAGCAAAUAAAACUUCUGUUUCAGAUGGGAUUUGAUGAAGCAGAAUUGAAGAGCUAUACACCUGUUGUUCAUGCCAAUGUUUAUCAGACAAUAAAAUUAUUGAUUGAUGGUUCUAAGGAAUUGGCUCAAAAUGAAACGGACUCUUCAAAGUAUAGUUUGUCCCUUGAUAAUCAGGAAAUGGGAGACAAGCUGUCAGAAAUUGGUGGCAGGUUGGAUUAUCCUCGACUCAAUAAAGAACUUUCUCAGGAAAUUGAAAAAUUAUGGAAAGAUCCAGCUAUUCAGGAAACUUAUUCUCGUGGCUGUGAGCUCCAACUUCCGGAUUGUGCCAAUUAUUUCAUGGAUCACUUGAAAAGACUUUCUGAUAUUAAUUAUAUCCCAACAAAGGAAGAUGUUCUUUAUGCUAGAGUUCGCACGACAGGCGUUGUUGAGAUCCAGUUCAGUCCAGUUGGAGAGAAUAAGAAAAGUGGUGAAGUAUAUAGACUUUUUGAUGUUGGUGGCCAAAGAAAUGAGCGAAGAAAGUGGAUCCAUCUUUUUGAAGGAGUUGCUGCAGUAAUUUUUUGUGCUGCAAUAAGCGAUUAUGAUCAGAUGCUCUACGAGGAUGAAAACAAGAACCGGAUGGCUGAAACUAAGGAGCUCUUCGAGUGGGUCCUGAAGCAACACUGCUUUGAGAAAACAUCCAUCAUGCUGUUCCUGAACAAAUUUGAUAUUUUUGAGAAAAAGGUUCACAAAGUUCCACUAAAUACGUGUGAAUGGUUUAAGGAUUACCAGCCAGUUUCGUCUGGAAAACAAGAGAUUGAGCAUGCCUAUGAGUUUGUCAAGAAGAAAUUUGAGGAGCUCUAUUACCAGUGCACCGCCCCUGAUCGAGUUGAUCGAGUUUUCAAGAUUUACAGAACAACUGCUCUCGACCAGAAGCUUGUGAAAAAGACUUUCAAACUUCUAGAUGAAACUUUGAGAAGGAGAAACCUUGUUGAGGCAGGAUUGUUGUGAUACAAAAUGAAGUUUUGGUGUGAUUUGUUAAUAUUAAUUGAUUUGGGGGUGGGGAGCAUAUUAUGAAGUGUCAAUUAAAAGAGGGUCCAGAAAUUUUUGACACAAUUUGACUACUGUCUUUACACCGCAUUAUAUCUAGAGAUUACAGUGUUUACUCCACAAGUUUGAUAUCUCUGUUAUACAUUGGCUUACCUCCACCCUGUCGGAGCGCCAGAAUACCUUGUACCUAAAUAUUUCUAUUAGAACAUUCUUCACUGACAUCUAAGCUUUAAUGAUGAAAAAUCAUUUAUCUGUAGUUUUUCAGUUGCU